GGCGGCGCACCGGCGCGCGGGCUAGCGGUUGGGCACGGCGGCGAGCGGGCGAGCGGGCGAGCGAGAAAGUAGCGCUGCGGCAGGAAUUUGUCUCAUCUUGAUGACCAAUGUCCAGGGCUGCUGUCUGUUCAGACCGAGGCUGGGGGAAGGAUCUUAACAGAUCAAAACUCCAAGAAGUAUCGUGUGCUCGAAGUGUAUUCUUCUUAUAAUAGACAAUGACUACCGAUGAGGCCACCAAGAAUGAUGGAGAAAACCCAACAGUUGCUCUUUCUGAACGAGGAGAGGACAUUACUCCCAAAAAAGACCGAGGUGUACUAAAGAUUGUCAAAAGAGUGGGGAAUAAUGAGGAAACACCGAUGAUUGGAGACAAAGUUCAUGUCCAUUAUAAAGGAAAAUUGUCCAGUGGAAAAAAGUUUGAUUCCAGUCAUGAUAGAAACGAACCAUUUGUCUUCAGUCUUGGCAAAGGCCAGGUUAUCAAGGCAUGGGACAUUGGAGUUGCCACCAUGAAGAAGGGAGAGAUCUGCCACUUACUGUGUAAACCAGAAUAUGCAUAUGGCUCUGCUGGCAGCGUCCCCAAAAUUCCCUCGAAUGCAACCCUCUUUUUCGAGAUUGAACUACUUGAUUUUAAAGGAGAAGAUUUAUUUGAAGAUGGAGGCAUCAUCCGAAGAAUUAAGCAGAAAGGAGAAGGCUACUCAAACCCAAAUGAAGGUGCAACAGUAGAAAUCCAUCUGGAAGGCUCUUGUGGUAGUAGGACAUUUGAUUGCAGAGAUGUAGUAUUUGUUGUUGGAGAAGGGGAAGACCAUGACAUUCCCAUAGGAAUUGACAAAGCCCUGGAGAAAAUGCAGAGAGAAGAACAUUGUAUUCUGUAUCUUGGACCACGAUAUGGCUUUGGAGAGGCUGGGAAACCUGAAUUUGGCAUUGAGCCUAAUGCUGAACUUGUAUAUGAAGUUAUUCUUAAGAGUUUUGAAAAGGCCAAAGAAUCCUGGGAGAUGGACACCAAAGAAAAACUUGAACAAGCUGCUAUUGUCAAAGAGAAGGGAACAGUGUACUUCAAGGGAGGCAAAUACUUGCAGGCAGUGAUUCAAUAUGGGAAGAUUGUGUCCUGGUUAGAGAUGGAAUAUGGUUUAUCAGAGAAGGAAUCUAAAGCUUCGGAAUCCUUCCUGCUAGCGGCUUUCCUUAACCUGGCCAUGUGCUACCUAAAGCUUCGGGAGUACACCAAAGCUGUCGAGUGCUGUGAUAAGGCACUUGGCCUGGACAGUACCAAUGAGAAGGGCCUGUACCGGAGAGGUGAAGCCCAGCUGCUUAUGAAUGAGUUUGAGUCAGCCAAAGGUGACUUUGAGAGAGUACUAGAAGUAAACCCCCAGAACAAGGCAGCAAAGCUGCAGAUCUCCAUGUGCCAGAAGAAAGCCAAGGAGCACAACGAGCGGGAUCGCAGGAUAUAUGCCAACAUGUUUGAGAAGUUUGCAGAGAGAGAUGCAAAGGAAGAGGCCGGUAAGACAGUAGGUGAUAAGAUGCCAGAAGGGAUCCCCUCCAAGAAGAUGCAGGCUGUAGAAGAGUCAGUAAUGGAAGACAAGGACUUGGAAGACCAUGACGGCACAUUUCAUCUAUAAAGUAGAAGUCCCCGAAGCAUCUUUCUCUAAAUGGAGUACAGAGUGCCUAGAGGCUGCUUUACAGGGAAGAGAGACAAUAGUUUUAAUUGCCGCUGGGCUGCAAAUUUUUUCACCCAAUGCCCUGGGCCUGGUGGCCCUUACGGACACUGAUGGAAUGCUGGGUUUCCUGCUGUCCCUCUGCCGCUGAUCUUCCUAACUCCUGACCUGGACUCCAUUCCUGCCUGGCCUGCCAGUACAGACCGCUGCCUCACGUUCCUGCCUGCCCUGAUCUCUGCAGAAUUCCCAGCCCACCAGAGCAGACCACUUCUGCUGAUACUGCUGAAUCCUGAGAUUUCCGAGCGACCCCUGCCCUGACUUGCCGCAAUCUUUGGAGAGUUCUGCCACUGCUGCUUAAGAUUUGGUAUUGCCCCUCCCCCACUCUCUUGGUAAUGGCCUGCAUUCUAGCCCUCCACGUGUUUUCUCUAAAGGCCUGAUUUAGGUACCCCCCCCCCCCCAAGCUCUCCAUGUGGGAUUUUCUAAAAACUGACCUAAGCUUUUCUCUAGCCCCGAGCCUACACUCCCACGUGGGUGCGCUAGUAUUUACGCUUCAAACAGGAAGUAAAAUGACAAACUUUCUUGUGAUUAUUAAACUGAAACUCAGGGGAGUAAUGUGUUAGUUAAAAUUUUCCUCGGGGGUAUGUGUUAAGUUUUUUAUAAUCAUAAUGUCUGAAUUAUAAUCUAUAUUGCAAGUCAAUUUUUACUC